AUGACAGCGGGAAGUGUAGCCUGGGUUGGCGGGACGGAGGCCGCCUUCGAACGCCAAGCAGCGACCGUCUCCAUUAGACCCGGUGUUCCUGAAGACCAUGCCUACACCAAGGCGUGGCGGCCGGCGGGGUCUGUUCACCAUGUGGGCUGCUGCCGCCGCCGCGGUGGCAAGCCUGUACUACGGCAUGUACUUGUCAGCGCUGAACGUGAUGACGGUGCAGCCAGGGCUGCCACCCAGAGCGAGUGCAGUCAGGAGGCCGCCUUUAGACGGCAGGCAGCGGCAGUCUCCAAGAGACCAGAUGCGUCCCUGGAGGCCCGCCUACGCGAAGCGUUGGUGGCCGGCGGCUGCCCCAACCCGAGCGCUGCGCCGCUCACGUAG